UGGGCAUUAUUUUGUGUAGCCCCUUCCAAUGCCACGUCCGUUGACCUACUGAAACAGUUACAGCUGAGGCUGAGCAAAUGUGUCUUAGCAGCGGUUCAGCAGCAGUCUCCACCAGAUUGUGCCGGUGUGUGAAAAUGAUCACCGUUGUCAUCAUCAUCUCUGGCGGCUGCAAAAAAUGAUACUCAAGACGUCGAUAUUCUUCCUGGUCGUCGUGUGCACCGCAACCGCGAUAUUCUACGUUCAAAGACUGGACUUGACCAUUUUCAAAAACCUUCCAGACGACAACAUGGAAGACAGUUCGCGUUCCUAUCUGGAGCGGUUGACGUACCUGGAGAGGCAGGAACGCGUGUCUCAGGUGUGCCGUUUGUACAAAUUACCAAUCAACUACCGUAUCAACGACACGACGCUUCUUGAACACAUCCUCGUGGACAAUCGUCACAAAUUGCUCUACUGUUACGUGCCCAAGGUGGCUUGCACCAACUGGAAACGGGUGUUCAUGGUGUUGUCGGGCGGCGCCAGGGCGCCGGACGCGGCCAGAAUCCCGGCGGACGUGGUGCACAAACCCGGCACGCUGGACCGGCUGAGCGACUAUCCGGCGGCCGCGGCGUCCGAAAUGCUCAGCACGUACACCAAGUUCCUGUUCGUCCGGCACCCGUUCGAGCGGCUGCUGUCCGCCUACCGGAACAAACUGGAACAGCGGCACGACAGUUCCCGGUACUUCCAGUCCCGGUUCGGCCGGCGCAUUGUCAGGCGGUACCGGGCCAACGCCACCGAACGGUCGCUGCGCAACGGCGACGACGUGACGUUCCCGGAGUUCGCGGCGUUCGUGGCCGACACGCGGGACAAGGUGUUCAACGAACACUGGGCGCCCAUCGACCAGCUGUGCAGACCGUGCGCCAUCAACUACGACUUCAUCGGCAAGCACGAGUCGCUGUUCCCGGACUCGGACUACCUGCUCAAGCACAUGGUCGGCGUGGCCGACGUCAAGUUCCCCAAGGGGCCCGACUCCAGCACGGCCACGCAGCUCAACAAGUACUUCACCUCGCUGGACCACAACACCAUACUGCAGCUGUACAGCAUAUUCGAGUCGGACUUCAAGCUGUUCGACUACAACUUGCAGAACAUACUGGGCUACGAGGUCGGCUGACCCGGUGCGGACCGGCGGUUGGCUGCACCGUCCGCCAAUCAGAACCGAUUGCACGGACGUCGAUUCUGAUUGGCGGACAGUGGCCCGAUUAGGAGUGACCGGCUCCAACCGGAGAGCCCAAAAUACAAUCGGAGAACCGCCAACUGGGCUGUGAUUGGUCGUCCUAAAUUUUGGUUAGGUUUACACGUUAUGUCACAAUGAUAGACUGGAAGCCGGAAUACAUGAAACCUUUUAUUAAGGGGAACGAAAAGCGCCAGAUUGUAUACGAACAAAGCCAUAAGCGUGAAGUCACUCAAUGAAAUGUCUACCAAAAUCAAAAAAUCGGUCUUAGCCCCCAUAGAAUAAAUAAUAAGCUUCAGAUAAAAAAAAAAUACUUGAAAUCCGUCCAAUAGAUAGGCCAGAAAUGACUUCGGCAAAAGUAAUUUUUAAUCACACCUUUUCCAUAACCCGGAGAAAAUAACUUAAAAAGUUUAUUAACAAGAAAAACUUAGUAUUUUUUCACUUUAAAAUUAGUUGGCAUUUUUACAAUAGCUACUUAAUAGCAUUUUUUGUCAAAUAUUGUCUAUCUUUUACCCCCUAAUAAAUAGCCCCCCCCCCAUUCCCCUUAAGAGGACGUCAUACCCUUUAAAAAUAAGUGUGUAAGUCAAAGCGAAAUGGUCAUAAAAAACAAAUGUCGAUACCGUUAAAAAGCGAAGAACUUUAACUACCAAAAAUAAGUCCUACUAACAGUACUAAUAGUUAUAUACCACAGUUUAAUUCUUAUAUAUGGAUUUUAUAAAAAAAAUUGCCUAAACUUUACUCCUUACAAAAUGGGCGGAAUGAUAGACUCUUAAAUAAAUUAAUGAUAACAUUUACUGAGCCACAAACAGUUUAAUAAAAAAAGAUGCCCGCUUAUAUAAUAAAUUGAGUAAUUUACUGACAUUAUGUUAAAAAAAAUUAUAAUGCCGUCAAAUUUCUCAAAUAAGAUUUCACGACAAUAUUUAAUUGAUUAACCUUAUUUUUAACCUUUACUAAUAAAAAAAUCGCAUCGAUAAUUGAUUUAACCGUCGACCAGUUGUAUAUUGUAAGAAACCAAUAAGUCAAGUCAUCAAUUUAUGUGUAUUAAGCUUUGUGACAUAACCGAAAAACAAGCAUAAUAUCAUAUUUCAACUAAAAAAAAAAAUAUAAAACUCAAAUAAUCAAAAACGAAUGGACGAUACAAACCCGGUUGGCUAUUUUCUGAUUGUAUAGAUUCCAUCAGCUAUAUUAUAACUACCUAUGUAUUUUAGAACGACCUAUUUUUUUUUUUAUUGAUAUUUUAUUAAAAGAUUGUAUUUUUUUUUAUCGUUUUACUGAAACAAUACCAAUAUGUAUCUACUGCGUGUACUGAGCGAUUCGAGUGGAGAGAUAAAAAUAAUAAUAAUCAUUUUGUCUUAGAAAAAAAAAACGAACUCCGUCGAUCGGUGAAUAAGAUAUUGUAUUAUGGUAUUAUUAUUAUAACCCUCUGUGUGUGUGUGCUCUGAGUUUGGAGAGGAAAAAUAAAAUUCUAUUACACAUUUUGUGAUAUUACUGAAAAUACGGCUAUAAUUGAAUUUCUAUUUCUCAUCUCCACAGAAUCCCCGGGUUCCGAGAAGAAGGAGAAGUUCGAGCAGGGCUAUACUGUGCGUUAUAUAAUACAAACCUUAUCUAGUUAAAAAUAAUGAAUAACAAGAAGACGACGGGAUCACGGUCCUCAGCCCAAGGGAGUUGAUGCCCUUUCGGCACUGUAUUCCAGAGAGGUAGGUAUUUGUCAAUAAGUAUAAUAUAUAUCCCAUCUAUAUGAUCGAAUUAUAUAAGAGGAGUUAACAAGGUUUGCUUAAAAACCAUUUUGAUAUCCUAUUAUUUAAAUGCAUUCGUUCAUUCGAUAUAAGCCAGACUACCUAUAUAGGCGAGGCCACCGCGUAUAGUACAUAAUUCCGGCUGAAAUAAACAUUAUUUAAAUCCGAUUUGGGAUUUUUUACACUACAUAUAGGUAUUAUUAUUAU